AUGGUGCCCGAGGGCAGGGUCCUCUCCUCCUGGCUGGGACUCGCGCUGCUCUGGUUCCCCUUGGACGCCCACGCUCGAGCCCGCCCGGAUAUGUUCUGCCUUUUCCAUGGGAAGAGAUACUCCCCCGGCGAGAGCUGGCACCCCUACCUGGAACCCCAGGGCCUGAUGUACUGCCUGCGCUGUACUUGCUCCCAGAGCGCCCAUGUGAGUUGUUUCCGCCUCCACUGCCCACCUGUCCACUGCCCGCAGCCUGUGACCGAGCCCCAGCAGUGCUGUCCCCGCUGUGUGGAACCUCACACGCCCUCUGGACUCCGCGCCCCACCCAAGUCCUGCCCACACAAUGGGACCAUGUACCAGCACGGCGAGAUCUUCAGUGCCCCCGAGCUGUUCCCCUCCCGCCUGCCCAGCCAGUGUGUGCUGUGCAGCUGCGCAGAGGGCCAGAUCUACUGCGGCCUCAUGAGCUGCCCGGAGCCUGGCUGCCCUGCACCUCUCCCGCUGCCCGCUGCCUGCUGCCAGGCCUGCAGAGAUGGAUCUGGGGAGAAGCCACCGGAGGAGGAAGCUGCCCAGCCACACCACAGGGGGAGACCUCCCCAGGAUCCAUGUGCUGGAGAUGGUGCAAGGAGAAGAGGCCUGGGCACCCCCACCCCCACCGGGCCCAGCUCCCCGAUGGCCUUCAUCCCUCACCACUUCCGGCCCAAGGCAUCAGGCAGCACCACGGUCAAGAUCGUCCUGAAGGAGAAACACAAGAAAGCCUGUGUGCACAGCGGGAAGACCUACUCCCACGGGGAGGUGUGGCACCCGGCCUUCCGCGCCUUCGGGCCGCUGCCCUGUAUCCUGUGCACCUGUCAGGACGGCCGCCAGGACUGCCAGCGCCUCACCUGCCCCGCCGAGUACCCCUGCCACCACCCCGAGAAAGUGGCCGGCAAGUGCUGCAAGAUAUGCCCAGAGGACAGGGCCGACCCCGGCCACAGUGAGGUGAGCGCCACCAAGUGUCCGAAGGCGCCAGGCCGGGCCCUCGUCUACACGUCCGUCUCCCCCAGCCCCGACAACCUGCGCCGCUUUGCCCUGGAGCGCGAGAGCACUGAGCAGGUGGAGAUCUACCUCUGGAAGCUGGUGAGAGGAAUCUUCCACUUGAUUCAGAUCAAGAAGGUGCGGAGGCCAGACUUCCAGAAGGAGGCCCACAACUUCCGGCCGCUCACCGGCACCCACGAAGGUCACUGGAAUGUCUUCCUAGUCCAGACCCUGGAGCUGAAGGUCACAGCCAGUCCAGACAAAGCAACCAAGACCUUAUAAUAAAGACCUAAACGGUGG